AUGGUGGAUAACAAAGUGGAAGUGCCAGCGCUGCCAAGAUUAUCCCUGACGAACUCAGCAGUACAGAAUCUCUCAAAGUCAAAGUCAGCGCUACUGCAGUCAGCGCUGCCGAAUCCAGCUCCGCCGAUGUCAGCGCUGCCAAGUCCAGCUCUGCCUAAUUCAGCUCUGAAUAGCUCUGCCUUCACAAGAGCAGAGCUGCCGAGCUCAGCACAGCCCAGACCAGAGAUGCCGAGCUCAGCUCUGACCAGCCCUACCAAUGGAGAGAAGGUAUUUAUUCAGGAACAUGAGUAUAUGGAAGCUUUUGCUGGAUCGGCCGACAUGGAGGAAUUAGCUAAGGAAGCUGAAGAAUCAGCGCUGCCUGAAGAGUCAGCGCUGCCGCAGCCAGCUCUGCCGAUUCCCGCGCUGCUACAGUCAACUCUGCCGAGCUCAGCACCCUUCAGCCAUACCGAGCUGCCCUUUGAUGAACAGAUGGAAACCAAGAGGUCAGCGCUGGAACUAAAGGAACUCCCUGCCAAUCUCAAGUAUGUAUUUUUAGAAGCAGGUGAGGAGAAGCCAGUGAUCAUAUCUUCCACGCUGACUUGGGAGCAAGAGGCAGCGUUGCUCAAGGUAUUGAAGAGAAACAAGGCAGCGUUGGGAUGGAGCCUGGCAGACAUACGUGGCAUAAGUCCAGCCACAUGCAUGCACAAAAUCAACCUAGAGGAAAGAGCAACACCCAAGCGAGACGCCCAGCGACGAUUGAAUCCUAUUCUGAUGGAUGUCGUGCGCAAGGAGAUCCUUAAGCUGCUGGCUGAAGGGAUCAUCUACUCUGUCGCUGAUAGUGAAUGGUGCAGCGCUGCAGAGUCCAGCUCUACCGAGCCCAGCUCCACUGAAUGCAGCGCUGCCCAGCCCAACGCGGCUCAGUUCAUAUCUGCGAGCCUUGCCGAAGUCAGCAUUGAUCAGCUCAGCGCUGUCCAGCCCAGCACUGCCAAACUCAGCGCUGCUCAGUACAGCCCUGCGAGCGCCGAGCCCUGGAAAGCUGAAAUCCAGGUGGAGCGGUCCAUUUUUACUCAAAGAGGUGUUCGAGCAUGGUGCGGUAGAGCUGUUGAACGAGCACACAAAGGAGAGUUUCCGAUUUUGGUUGCCAACGCCGACAAAGGGAAGAAGGGAGCCAACGCUAAUAAUAAAUAA